AUGAGCAGGAUUCUUUUGAGAAGGGCUGCAUGCCAGAAUUGCAGAAAUGAGCCACUUCGGUCUCUAUUUUCUGGUUCUGGUGUUCCAAUGCCGCGGGCCUCACCUGUUUCAGUCCACCCUCGAGCUUUCUCCGCUUCAACUUUGCGCCGAUCUGACCGUCCUCCAACAUCGCACCAGUUAGAUAGUCGCCUGUCCGAGACAGAAGACCUGAAAUUGGACUCAGAACCAACUGGAUCAACUUCAACGGAUAGUGUUCCUUGGUAUUUGCAAGAAGAGGCUCCCCCAGCCAGGGACCGCCCGUUGAACGAAGCGCACCUUCCUGAAAUCCCGAAAGAUGCACCCGAAAUGCUCCCGACCUUGUUGGAAUAUACGUAUAAGGAUCUGGGUCUCGACAGUCUCAAGCUUUUCGAUCUCCGUGGGAUGGAAAUCCCUGCAGCUCUCGGCGCCAACGUUAUCAUGAUCAUUGGAACUGCUCGCAGUGUGAAACACUUGAAUGUCUCUGCGGACCGGCUCUGUCGCUGGCUGCGAAGCCAGUACAAGCUGUCACCUUACGCCGACGGAUUGCUGGGACGCAAUGAGUUGAAGAUCAAACUCCGUCGCAGGGCGAAACGAGCGAGAGCCGCCAGCGCGGCAGGCGCUAUGAUCGAUGAGAAGGACGAUGGAAUCACUACCGGGUGGAUUUGCGUGAACGCUGGGGUGGUGGACGAAGGUGCCUCUACGACACAACUGAGUGACGUCGGCAUUGAAGGAUUCGGUAACCUUGAUCUCGGAACUAGCGUGGUAGUCCAGAUCUUCACUGAGGAGAAGCGGGAGGAUGUUGACCUUGAUGGACUCUGGGAGGCCACCUUAUCUCGAGAAGGGCGAAAGAAAUCGCGAGAGUCGGAGGAUUCUUCCAAGAACACUUCCCCUCCCCGCUCCAUGUCCGACGGAUUCGGGUCAAGCCCUGGCUGGAGGAGGGGUUUCCAUACGAUGCGCCGACUUGAGCACCCAGAGAUGAGCGCUGUCGAACCUGGGCUCGAGUCUGGGCUUGCUGGCAUGGGGGCUUCUUCUCCCCAAGGUGGUGCAGCGGCCGUUGCAUCUCAAUUAACACCGACAUCUUUACUCCAGAUCCUCUCCGAACUUCCAGCUGAGAGUGCACGUACGGAGCUUGGAAGUGGCCCAAAUGAUCAAUCCUCCACCGUUUUCUUACGCCUCUUCUACAACAACCAUGCGGCCCGGUAUUCCGCAGAGGAAAGAGCCUCAUUCAAACUGAAACUCUUUUCAAUGGCCGUAUCCAGGCAGCAUUCAGCUUACAGCAAGGAUUCCCUUUUUGGCGCAUUCUCGGCUUUCCUCCGCGACGGGUAUGACCUUCCAGACGACCUUGGAUUCGAUAUUGUUUCUGCGCUUCUGACACCACAACCAGCAGAGACCGUUACCGAGGAUUCCGCGUUCAGAACCUCUAAUUCCGACAUGGAGCUCGCUUUAUCUGUUCUUGAUCGUUUGAGUCUUCGCGGCGUGCCAAUUUUGAAUAUGAGAGUGUUCAAUAUGCUCUACCAGGCAGUUGACGUGCCAGGCCCAUCAUCCCCCAUUCCCAACCACUCGCAUCCCACUGGAACCGCCCAAAAUUCCUCCAAGGCUCAAUCAAGCGAAUUUCAGAACCAAAUCCUUUCCCGGCUAUCCAAACUUUUAUCGGCCGCCAACGUUCCUUUUGUCGCAGAGGAUGCUCGUCAGCUCAUGGUCACCCUCUUUCGUCACGGAGACUAUGACGGGUUCUGGCGGCUGUGGCGCCAGUUUCCCUUGAAGGGUGUGAAUCGCACCCAGGACGACUAUAUGAACUUGUUCCAGUUGCAUGCCGAGCUAGGUGAGGAACGACGGGCCCGCGAAUGCAUCUCAACGGGGGUAUCCUUGAUGAACCAAGAGUCCCCUGCUAUCGAGCUACAAGGCCCGAUAGUUACCGCCAUCAUGCAUUGUAUCUUGGUUGCAGAUCCAAACCUUCAAGACCGCGAUGAAGAAGCUCCCCCGAGUUUCUACCUCCCGCUGUGGACUAAGUGUCAAGAAGCACUUGGAAAAGGAGCCCUUCAACAAGAGUUCGAUGAGAACAAGCCGUCGCUCUUCGAACUCCUUGCUGAACAACAAUUAUCUGAUCUUCUCCCGCCAUCUAUACGUUAUCUUCUCGCAGUCGCGACACACCGCCACCCGCGCUAUCUCCUCCGCAUCCUCAAUUCAUAUGACGAAGUUUACGCCCUCAUCUCUCUAAUAGUCGAACGUUACUACCUUCAAACGUUCGGCGGAUCAUUCACCGAGAACUUCUAUUCUCUGAAACGCGAACGCGUCCUCAAAACCAAGAAUGGUGAGAUUCCGCGCGCCCAGGUCGGCGCCGCUGGGCCUGUCCGCGACGCCCUCAAAUUACAUUCGACGGAUAUCUGGAAGAACCUGCUGGUCAUGGUUGGCAUCCCCUAUCUGAAGCGCAAGCUCGAUGAAGGAUAUGACAUCCAUGCCGCACCACAAGCGUCUCUCGUCAUGGGCGACGGUCCCCGAUAUAAUCCCAACGACGACCUGCCGGCCAACCCGUCGUUGCGCCAGCGUCUCUUGCACUACUACAAGUGGUUCCUGCGGAAGGUCUACCCUUCCGUUAAUGCAGCAUAUUACUUCUCCGUGCUGGCGUUCAACCUCGCCUACCUCUUCGAUAACACAAAGUACUCCUCUCCGUUCUUGUGGCUCAUUGGCACGCGCAUUCGCCGACUCGGCGCCGCAGACCAUCGAGCCAUCGCUGCAGUCCUAGACCCCAAGCCAGGACCUGGUGCUGGGCGAUCUCAACGACCGGGCGGGGGCUUGCUGGGUCUUCUGAGUCCACAGAACCUACACACGCAGAUGCUCACAUCGCUGCGAUACUUCCUCCCCGCUUCAAUCUUCGCCCUCAAAUUCCUGGAGUGGUGGCACGCAAGUGAUUUCUCGCGGCAGCUUGCGCGCAAAGCAACAGAGGUGCUAGAUCUUCCGGCACCCGUUGUAGCUGGCCUCAUGUCUCCCGCGGAACGACAGAAAUCUUCCCUCCAGGACGAGAAAGACAAGGCCAAGAAGCAGGAACAGGAGAAGAAGAGCGGCGAACUGAAGCCGGCCCUCAAGUCUUCUCGUCGUCAUCAGCCUCCCAUCUCCGCGACUUCAUAUCUCCCCAUUUACACGGUGUCUCUGCCCCCAGCUGAUUCUUCAAGUGCGAAUACGUGUCCUGUCUGCAUGGGCCCUCUCGCUAACCCGACUGCUUGUCAGACGGGAUAUGUAUUCUGCUACGUUUGUAUUUUCCAUUGGCUGAACGGUGAACACCAGCGCCAAUUGGAUUUCAUGGACGGCGAUGGCGCUGGCGCACCAUGGGAAGAAGAGAUCAACGGCGAAGAGGAGGAGAAAGGAGGCGAAGAUGGCGAAAAAGGCACGCGCAAACGCUCUGGGAAGUGGGAGAGUGGGAAGGGUCGAUGCCCUGUUACAGGAAGAAGAGUGCUUGGGGGCACUGAUGGGUUGAGGAGGGUUUUGAUUUGA